AGACAAGUCUAUGUAUGUAUAUAACAGCUUCAUCUGCUUGAGAGCCUAGUGACUUUUAUACUAACUAUGUUAAAUCAUUUUUCUUUCCUUUCACUUAUAUCUCUAAGCAACAAUUUAUAGAUACGUUGUGAAUCGAUACCGAUCAACAUGUCGUCUAUAAUCGGAAUUACAACCCCGGCACUUGCACCCCUCUUGCCCGUUACUGGCACUUUUGCUAUGCCAUUCUCGGCAUACUUUGCUUUUCUAAGCUGCCGGGUUGUAUACCACCGUCUCAAGGAUCAGUUUUAUGUCGGCGACAACUCGUCCAAGAACGGCGACCCGAAUAACAAGUUGUACCUGGCUAGCCGCUGCCAUCAAAACUUUAUCGAAAAUGUACCAAUGGCUCUCAUCAUUGCAGCCUUUGCUGAACUGAACGGCGCAAAUCAGAGAACUCUCAGCAACGCCCUCACCGCCCUCUUGACUUUCCGAGUCCUACACGUGGAGCUGGGUCUUAUUAAUGGAUUAGGCUUGGGUCGACCAAUUGGCUACUGGGGCACUAUGGCUACGACUUUGUGGUUGGGUGGGUAUGCUGCGUAUCUUGUGAAGGGGUACUGGGGGUUCUGAGGGGUUGAGAAGCAUUACUGGCAUAUGUAUAUUCGGUGCUUGGUUUUGUUGUACACGUCUGAUGGGCAGAACUGUGUUGAUAUUCAUAAGCACUUUUAGUUUAGACUUGAAGUUUAAAGAGGAACUAACUAGGUUAAGUAGUUAAUUUUAAGUGUGAAGUAAUAC